CGCUACCUGGCGUACGAGUGCCAGUCUCACUUACUCAUGUCUACAGGUAAGUGCUGUGCUCUCUGUCUGUCUGUCUGUCUGUCUGUCAGGUCAGCUGUUUACUCACGUCCAAUAUACACACACGGUACUCACGUGUGGGGUGGGUAUGUGUGUGUGUCAUGAUGAUACGUCAUGGUGUGGGUGGGGAGUGACUGAUGAAUGUAAUGUAUGUAUGUGGCCAUUUCACCAAGUAAGGAGUGUCCGUCCGAAGGGAGUGAGUACGUCUGUCUGUCUGUCUGCUGCUGUGGUGGUCUCACACAUCGAUCCAUUUAUCCAUCCAUCCAUCCAUCUCUCUCGUCACCAUCCGUGUGUGCUGUGCUUGGCACACGACAGCCCCAUCCACGUCCCUGCCGCCUCACCCACCCCAACGCCAUCACACUCACCACGUCUGGUUCGAUUCAUGCGCGGCUCCUCUCCUCAAAGGAAAACAAAACAAAACAAUACAAUACGGCUACCACAGAACCGGAGAGAAAAAAACACAGGCGAGAAAGAAAAACCAAGAACCGCACGAAGAGAAACAAAAGGUGUGUGUUGCGCACACACAGAAAGCACUGGAGAGAAAGAAAAACCGCGGCCUCCCAGGACCACACGAAAGCAAAGACAUACGAGAAGAAAGACGGACGGCUACAGGGAGCAGUCGGGAUGAAAGGAAAGAAAAACCAGACAGACAGGCCUCUACAGAAACAGAACAGAGAGGCGUCUAAAGGAAGGGAAAGAAAAGAGAGAGGUGAAAGAAAAAGCCCGCGAUUGGCUGGGGGGUGGUGAGUGAUGAUGGGUGUGAUGGGCGUGGCGGUGUAGCUGUGGCUGGCCUGUACGUAUGGGCGCACCGACGCACACCCUGCCUGCAUACUGAUGGAUGGAUGGAUGGAUGGCCAUGCACUUACUCCCGUCUCAUGCCAUGGGGUGGGUGCGUGUGAGUGAGUGAUGCGUCCGUCUGUCGUGAAAAUGCACUGCGGCAGUCUCUGUUCAUCGAUGUGCGGACAGCAUGUACCAUGCACACAAUACACACACGAUGGAUGCACAUACAAGAUGGCCACGAGACCCCCAUCCCAUCCUAAUCCAACCGACCCUCGCUACACACGACGUACAAAUCGGCAAUACAAUACGAUCGGCUGUCUAUUCACAGCCCAUCCGCAUGCGCUUGGAUGGGCGCGGUGCGUCAGGGCUAUCCACACAGUCCGCUCCACGACGUUUUCCUCGGCCACGGUUGACAUCCCCCGCCAGCUCGCCCACCUGCCGCAGUAGCGCCGUCAGUGCCUGGUCGUCGAUGACGGAAUGGUGGCUGUCGCACAGGUCCUUUAUCUCCGUGUGCGCCGCGUUGAUGUCAUUAAGGAACCGCUGGGUGUCGCCCGGGCGGUGGUGGACGGCCAGCACGCGGCUCCGAUCGAGUGCCUUGGUGAUGAUGUCUAGGAGGUGCUUGACGAGGUGGUAGCGAAGGAGGGACGGGAAGUCGUAGGCCGUCCUGCCGUCAGGGCUGGUCAGCUUCCUGAUCUCGCCCCGCACCAUGUCCUGCAGCCAGCCGUCCAUCCAUCCAUCCAUCCACAAACACAGAUACAUCCGUCUCCUGUUUUUCUUUUGCCCACGUACAUUUCUGAGUGCAUGGCAGAUGGUCAGAUGGGAGAAUCGGAAGGUCGGCAGCCCCUCAGCGCACAGCUCGUUGACCGACUGGUCAGCCUGUGGCCCCCACAGCACACGGAUCGGCCACUCCCACCAAUACGGCCCCCCGACGCUCGCACGCAUCGAGUAGGCGAAGUCCGUCAGCUUGAGCACGACGAUUGGCAGCGCCGCCUGCCACAUGCGCUGGCUGGUUGUACCAGAGUCGGCUGUGGGCGAGAAGCUGGAACACAAACGCUCCACCUCACCGGUUGAUGAACAACAGAUGGAUGAAUGGAUGGAUGGAUGGACGGCUGGCAUGAGUUGUCGCUUGUCUGUCCGUGCUUACGAGCUCGAUGACGACAUUCUGGUCGUUGCCCGACUUCCGCGCCCGACGAAUGGCCUGAUCCAUCAGAUGCUGACCGUACCAUCCACACACACAGCGACGGAGGAAAGCCAGCCGUUCAGCCCGACACAUACAUACAUCACCCCUCCCUUUCAGCUGAGCUGAGCUCACCCGGACGAGGAAUGCGAUCCGCUCCUGGCCGUCGUCUGGCCACUGCUGCAUGCGCAGCAGCAGCUGCAGCAAAGUCCAGUAGAGUUCGAGGUUCCACGCCAGCAGGUGCAGGUGCGCGGCGUUCCACAGAGACUGCUGCACGGCGUGGGCACCGAGCAGGGUGCGGUGGAUGUCCGUGCGAUGGCUGCUGGACGCCUGCAGGAAGGAAUGUCACACACACGGGGAGAGAGAGAGAUGGUGAAGGUGGAGGAGAGGGGCGGGGAGGGGAGGGGGUUGUGGCUUACCAUUGUGCCGUCACUGUUGAGAUGCGUCUUAGCGUCGUAGAGGAGCUCCCGGAGACUCUCCUUUAUCUCCGCCAGCAUCGUGCUCUGCAGCAUCACCUGCACACAACAACACGAGAGUCCAAGCCAUACGCCUCAGCAGUGCAUCCAUCCGCCUCUACUGACCGUCUUGUAGGCCAUCUGGCAGUUGUCGCGCUCCCACCGGCGCAGCAAAGGUGACGAUCCCACACGCGGCACCUGCCCAGUCAGGCCGCCGCCUCCCACACCACCACCCACAGCGCCCGUCGCCAUGCUCACGCCUGCGCGGCCGGCCUGGUCCUGCUCUCUGGCCUUCUCCCAGUAGCUGCUGGCCGCCGCCGCAAACUUGCAGCGAUCGGCAAGUGACGGGAAGUGGGCUGCAUCGGCACUUUCGAGAAGCUGGUCGACGGUGGUGCUGCUGUCGAUAUGUGGGGCGGGGAUGUUCCACUCGCUGGGGUUGACGCGAUGUGGCGGCGACGAGUCGCCUGCUUCGGCGGCGAGGAAGGAGGGGUCGAUGCUGCGUGUGGGCCACGGGGCGAUGGCCAGGUGCAUGUAACACGCGCACGCCUGUUUGGGUGGGUGAGCCACAACCAAUACAAACGCAUGAGCCCGAGCACUUGUGUUGGUCUGUGAUCUCCAGCCGCAUAUGUACCUCUGCAAAGAGUCCGAUGCGGCUGUAGUACUUGGCGAGCUCGUCGGGCGGGAUGCUCUUGAGCAGCGCCUCGCUGUCCACAAGUGCAGCAGUAGUGGCGACAGGCGUCCCCCGCUGCCGGAGUUGGUCGGUGUGGGCCUUCAUCUCCAUCAAGCCCAGCAGCCACUGAGCCAGGUAGGGGGAAUCGAACUCAUGAAGAUGCAGGUCUGCACACACACAAGUGCACACAGAGAUGGGCGGGAGGAAGAGGCCCGUUUCUCGAUUGAUGGAACCCACCGUAUUGCUGGUGUUUGAUGAUCCACUUGAAAAGCAUCACGUGCAGCUGCCGGUCGGCCGACUCGCGCAGGCAGUACUGCACUAUGUGGCGGCACCGAUCCACACAGCCAACACGCUCCUUCUCAGACACUGACACGCCUACGUCCACGAGCACACACACACACACACACCGCACACAGUGACCGCCGUCCAAGAGUCUUGACCGGCCUCCCUCCGAAAUUCUCUUGUCUCACCUGUGGGCUCAUAUUUCCGUUUUCCCCCACCAGCAGCAUCAGUAGCGGCAGCAGCAGGCCGGUCGGCCACCGAUGCCGUCAUGCGGAGAGGUUUGCCUUCCGGUUUGGCGCCGAAGUCGAUCAUCAGCUCGUCGGGGUAGUAGACGCAGCGGUCACCCGGGACGAGGAUGCGUUCCUCCAAGAGGGAGAGAAUGGCGCUGUAGCAGUACUCCCUGCGUGGAUGGGGACAGAAAAGCGUACGGGCGGCUGUGGACGUGGUGUUAAUGGUGGCUCACUUUGCUUUGUAGAUCUGUUCGACUCCUUGGUCGAUGGGUGCGGACGGGGGCGAAGGCCUCGCCGUGACGCCGUGCUGAUCCAGCGCCUUGGCCCGUUCGCACGCCAUCGUGAUAAACAACCUGUGGGAGGACACAAACACGCACACAUCCUUGCACUCAGCCUCUCUGUUGUGUGCUCAUCGGUGUCACACUCUCUCUCUCUCUCUCUCUCUCCCUCACCUGACAGCCUUUGCGGCCUCCGCUUUGCGCAGGAGUGUCUUGAUGUCGAUCUCGGGGUUGGGUAGGUGUUUCUCGAUGACAUUCUCUGCCUGAUUGACCUCUCGGGCCCACUGCCGCAGGCUGCCCAUCUUGCUGAUGUCGCCCGAGGGCCGGCCGUCCCUCUCCCACCGAGCGAAGUGCUCCUUGGCCGCUGCCAGACAGAGGUAGACCUCCUGCACGUCGGCAUCCAGCUGACUGCAGGCAGAAAGACAGACAUACAGAAAAGACGACAGAGAUAUGCAACGAACGAUUUGUGAGUGGACAUGAGUGCACGGCUGGGUACGUACGUGUAGAGCGUCGGGCAUCUGUUCCUGAGCUCGUUCUGGUCGACGACCCGCUCCAGCACCAGCUGCUGCAGCAGGUCCGCUACGCCCUCACCAACCACACCCACAGGACCCGCACCUCCUUCACGCGCCCUGCCAUCCACACCACCCCGACGGCCAUCCGCCCUCCUGCCUUCGGUAUCUGCAGUCGCCUGCCGUUUCUUGUCUGGGCCGCCUCCUGUCUGGCCCCCAGCCGGGUAUGGAUACGGUGCUUGCGUGGGGGCCGCCUGGGGAGCGGGGGGCGGCGGGCGCAUUGACGGCAUGAUCCUGAACACAUACACACACACAGGGGGGUGUUUGGGCGUGUGAGAGUCUGGGGUGCGGUUGGUGUGCGCUCGUACAUGUCUUUGAAUGUGGUGUCUGCGAGCCGGUUGAACGUGGCUGGGGUGAGAACCCGGUCCACGUCUGCCAGCCGGGGCGCAUCGAAGAUGUCGCACAAGUUCAACACACCAAUCGCCGAAUCCAACGUGGCCAACAGACUCUCCUGCACAUACAACACAUACACACUCUUGCCACAUCCCCUCGCCUCGGUAUUUUCGCUCUCACCAGCAGCUCAGGUUCCUGUGGAGGCUGCACGGGAGUGGUGGUGCUCCCGCUGCCCUUCUGCCGUCCGCGGCGAUGUCUGUGUGCCUCGCUGCCACCCUGGCUGGCAUAGAAGGACGUCACGAAGGGGUUGGCCUGGUGCUGCGGCGGGGGCAUGCCAUAGGGCAGCACGGGGCCGUUCGGGGGCGACAUGGCCUCGAGUUCCUGACGGUUCUCACGGAUCACCUGUAUGUAACACAGAUGGAAUGCACAGGGAGAAUCAUGGGGGCAUGGCUGGCGGGUAUGUGGGCGGUGUGUGUGUGUGUGUGUUUGUGGUGUUUGUCUGUCUGCCCGUCCCUCACUCACAGUGGCGAGGUUGGUGAGCUGUGCCUGGAGGUGCUGCCUCUGGGGUGGUGUGAAGGUGGGGGUGAGGGAGGGGAGGAACCGGCCCUCCACCAUGCCGUCUUGCUCGCCUUGCCUGAUGCCACCCAGCCAGCCGACCGUCCGCCGCCUCUUCUUGAACGUGGCGCCCCAGAAUCUCUCCCACUCCGUAUCUGCACACAAUAGGAGUCCACAACAUCUGGCGUGAUAGCCGCGUUUCUCCAUUGUGCUGUUUGUUUACCAGACUGAUCGAGUGGCUGCAUUCUUAUGCCCAUGGCGCCCUCCUUGGCCACCUGGAAGAGGGGGGCGUCCCAUAUCGCCCGCAGCAGCGCAGAGGCGUAGAUGUAGAGGCCCUUGAGCCGCGCCGAGUAGGUGCCCUGACCCAUGUCCAGCACGCCUGCUGGGGACUUGUCGUCACGACCACGGCCUGCAGACAUACACAUGGGGGAGGGAGAGACGGAGGGAGACAUUCACCAACCUCUCUGCGCGACAGGUUCCUGACUGACCUGUGGAUUGGUGGAACAUGCGAUAUGCGGAAGACAGGAGCGCCGUCAUCAGGUUCCGCCUCAGCACCUCCAGCACCCUCUGGUCCGCACCCCCGUCCAGCCCGCUCACGCCAGGGACGCUCACGUACGUCAGCGGCGACACAUACUGAAGCCCCCGGCAAACCGAAGCCGUGUGUGGCGAGCGGGAAGGCGCGCACAGGAGGCCCGUGUCUGUGGCCGACCGGUGCCACUCGCACAGCAGCUGCCAGAGCAUGGCGCACGUCUGCUCGGGCGAGUGGGUGUUGUAGAACUGCUGGAAGUCCUGCUGCAUCGGCGGCCCGUACACGGUGUCCUGGUCAGUGGCCGCAGCGGGCGGCUCCAGACUCACGCUGACCAUCAGGUGCGCCAGCUGGUCGAUCGGCCUCGUCUUGGUCACGUGCAGCACCUCGCUGUUCGACAGAAUGACGAAUGAGGUGGGCGGCAACAACUGCUCGGUCGCAAUGUCAGGGAGGGCAAUCAGUGCGCCUGGUACUCGGGUCAUGCUGGCGGCAAAUGGCGUGCCUGAGCGGGGCUGCUGCUGGACGCUGCCGGGGGGGCGGGGGUGGAACUCCAGCCGCCGAGUGGUGUUGUACUGGUCAAGGUACAUGGGCGCCCAUGAGUAGAGGCUGGCUAUGUGAGGAAGCUCAUAGCUGAUGCACUCGGUCGCUGGGACGACCACCGAGCCGGCCAACACCUCCCUGAGAGAAACAGAAUGGACACAAGCGUGGGUGAGGGAGAGAGGGGGUGUGGUUGCGGGUGUGGUUGUGGGUGUCUGACCAUCCUGCGUCGAGUGGUGCGAUGCCCUUCUGCGUGGCGUCCAUGAGGUCUGAUGCCUCCUGCAAAUGGUCGCUGUCCGACACGCGACCGGUGACCAAGCCACUGGCAGAUGGAUCGACGCACCACAACCAACAGCCAACGACCAACACAUAGCGUCGGGAUGUCGCGUGUGGCUCUCCCUCUGUCCCAUACUUACGCGUUUCGGUUCUGCGCCAUGUGCCUCACGUCGACAGCAAUCCCCACCAGCCCGUUGUUGGGCCGGCUCGCAACGGGGAGCUGGGUCUCGGCUGCAAGACUGCCCCUCUCGCCCACACCGCCAAUCAAAUCCACGCUGUCACCCUGCUGCAGGUGGCCCUCGUCAACUAGGCUCGGCGCCGCCCCCUGGUCACCGGCCUCAGCUGAGACGAAACAAACGGAACACAUCAGCACAAUGAAUGCAUCCCUCCUGUCUGGCUGUCCGUCGCUCCUACCUGUGUCGUCUGGUUCAUAUGCAUCCAUCGCCGCCUCCAGACUCAGCUUGGCCUCUCGGCGCCUUGGAGGAGGUGGGCAGGGCGGAGCAUCGUCACCGUCGCCCCCCGCACUAAGGUCGUUCUCGCCUUGCAGUAGGCGUCUUGUGGGGGUUCGGGGGGCCAGCGGGUCAGAGCGGUCGGUCUCCUCCUCUGCUGCGGCUGCCUCUAGGCUCAGGGCGAGGGAGAAAGGGGCGGCACGCCGACGUGGCGGUGGCGGUGGCGGUGGGCUGGGCAUGUCAUCUGAGAUGGAACAGCCAAGACAACCAGGCAAGAGUCUAGCAGAGCGUCUAUCUGUCUGUCCUUUUUGCUAGUACAUACAUGUACCUGUCUCUUCGGGGUGACAUGCGUCCAUGGGCUCGUCCAGGCUGAGCUGGAUGGCCGUGCCCUUCCCAGCUCCCCCUGGGCGGCGGGGUGACUCGACACUGUCGUGGUCGGGCAGCAGCAGGGCUGGGCGGAUCGGCCGCCGCCUGUCGGCGCACUUCGUUGAGGAUGGGCCUGAAGCGAACGACAACCAUAUAUCAAAGAUGUGGAUGAACUGGUCACACGCACGCCCACCAUGGAGGAGCUUGGCCAUCGACGGCAGCUGAUCUGAGUCUGAAGACCAGCGGAUGCAGCAAAAAGCAGCUGGAUCAAUGUGUGUGUGUGUGUGUGUGCGUGUGCGUAGGUUGUGUUGCGGACGCACCUUUCAUACUGUUGCAAUACGUGAUGCACGUCUGCCGGAGCUGAAUAUUCGGCGCGGCACACUGGCGUUGGGCCUUGACCUGCAUGCACGACCACAGCCCAUCCAUUCCUUUGGCCUUCGAUCCAUUCCCCGUCUUGACCUCACCUGGUUGUAUGCGAGCUCGUAGAUCUUGUCCUCCUCCACAGGGUGGCGCUCGGGCGGCGGGGCGCUGGCCAGCUCAGCGACGUUGAACCAGGCGUACGUGAGGAUGGCAAUGGCGGCAGAUCGCGACACCCCUGAACACAUGGAUGAGCCAAGUCUCUCUCUCUCUCUCUCUCUGUAUGUCUCUCUCUGCGCGUGUGUGUGUGUGUGUGUGUGUGUGACGUCGACGUACCCUUCUCGCAAUUGACCAGGAGGUGAGGCUCGCCGUUGUCGGUGCUAAACACCGUCCCAACCACCCACUCCAUCGCCUCAUCGAUGAUAGACCCGAAACGCCGCGACUCGUCCCUCACAAACUCAAUCGUGUCCUGAUUGACAAGAGGAGAACAGGACGUGAAUGCAGACACGUGUCAUGGGUGCCAUCCGUCAUCACCAUGAAGCCCAUGAUGCUCUUGCGAUCCGGCAUCCAUGUCCGGUCCCAGCCGGCCCGCUUCAGCUCGUCAUCACUGACGACAUCGAAGCGGUCGGCUACCAGGUUGAGCAUGUGGGUGGGGGCGAGAGCGGCGACCGUCUGCACACACACAAUGUCAACACAUGAAUGUGCACAAUGGUCACAUGUAUAGCAUAGAGGCUUUGAGGGUUCACUCACCCUGGCGUCCUGCGCAUAUUUGAUGUUGCUGACGGUCAACUUGCCGCGGCCGGGGAUGCAGAUCGUCCCGGGCGGCGCCUCAGUGCCGACGCCCGGGGCCUUCUUGUCCUCGUUGGCUGCGAGCAAACACAGACACACAUUGAGGGAUCACACCGAUCCGACGAGUAUCCAAGAAGUGGCCUGCACAUUACCGUCUAGAUCGUCAGUCUGAAUGGCGAGGCGGGGUCCCUUGCGCUUCCUCUUCUUCCUCUCGCCCGUGGCCUGCCGAUCGCGGUCGCUGCCGCCCGACGGGGAGAGCGGUGGCAAUGCCGGCCGCUGCUGCUGCAUCUGCUGGCCGCCUUGCUGGCCCUGGAGCUGCGGCAUGACGGUGCGGUGCGGCGGCUUGUGCGGCUGCUGGGCGAACGGGGAGGGGCCCUGCUGCCCGGACAGGCUGGGGGGUGGGGCGAGGGGCUGCUGGGGUGACAGCUGGGCGGCCGCAGCGGCUGCUGUGAUUGACGCGGAUGGCGGGCACUCGGACACUAUGAGAGAAGAUCCCUGAAACAAGGGGAGGGAGAGAGGGAGGGAGGGAGGGAGGGAGGGGCAGUCGGGAGUCUGCUGCAUGGGAUUCCUCGUCUCCGUGUCUGUCUGUCUGUGUGUGACCUUUGCGUAGAAGACGUCUUUGACUUUGAUGGAUGAGUCCAUGGGGGGUAGGUGGAUCUUGGACAGCUCCACACUCACGGGGCCCUCAUAACGACUGAAGCAUUACGCACACGACAUGUGUGUGUGUGUGUGUGUGUAUGUGUAUGUAUGUGUGUGUGUGUGCAUUGUGCUGACAUGGCCGGUGUGGGCGGGUUUGGUUUGCCGAUCUGGAUGGGUGUGAAGGGUGAAGAGCCAAACUGGCCCGUGAAGAACAGACGGUGGCCUGAGGGAAGGCAGGAACAGAGACCAAAGGUGAGACGCGCUUGGCAAAAUGCUGGCGUGCUGACUGACCAUCGUGUGUGACGGCCAAGAAGAGGGGACUCCCCCCUGCAGUGGGCGGCAGCGGCUCCACGUGCACUAUCUGCGCGCACACACGCACACACGCACACACACACAUAUAGGCAGGCAGGCACACGCACUUGACGAGUCACUGCUUACCGGUAGGACGGACCUCCUGCUGUGUGUGGUCUGCCCGUCCUGUCGGUUGAGCGCAGCCACGUCACGGUGGGUCCGCAGUGUCAUCACACGAUCGUCAACAGAGUCAGGCGACACCGUCACUGAUAUGCACACAGACACAGACACACAAAGGCAAAGAAUCUCAUCCAUCACCUCACGUAUGCACGUCCAUCUGUCUGUCCCCACCCACCUGACAACACAGGUGCCGGCGGUUUCGCAACAGUCCCUUGCGCACGUGGCGGGUCGACAUAGGGGAUGCUGGCGUCGCGCUCGUAUGCGAUGGUGGAGGGGGCGUGGGGCGGGAUGUGGAACACCCGUAUCCACGAGUCGGCCGUGAGCACAUAGAGCAGCCCUCGGGCCUCGUCCACGGCCAUCUGCCUGACCUCCUGAUAGAAGACAUUGGCGAGCUGGCCCAGCUGCACGAAGGUCUUCCGUGCGGCGCGGGGCGUGUAGUCGAGCAGUGACAGCUCCAGGGGCACCAGCUUCUGCCGCUCAUAGUCGCACUCGUACACGCGACCCCGAUCACCUAGGGAGAACCAGACACGAGAACAAGUCGCACACCCCGUGUGUGAAUGUGCAUGUGCUGUUUGCUGGCCGUUCCUCUCUCUUACCUCCGACAAACACGCGCCCGCUCGCCUGGUGCGCCUUGACUACUGUGUAUGUGUCUUCCUUGUCUGCAGAUACAGCGAACAGUUCCUCCCACAUCUCCCUCCCUCCCCUCCCUCCCAGAUUCACCUGUGCGGAUCCGAUACUGGUCGAGCUCUCUGAUGUCCAGCCGCCCCACCACCUUGGGCGGCGCGUAGCCGACCGAUGACCGCGGCGCACUCUCGUCGGGGUAGACCAUGAUGACGCGCAGGUGGUGGAAAGUCAGCCAAUGCGCCGUGGCGGCGACGAGGAUCCAGUCCUCGCCCUGCCACUGCCGCUGGAAGGAGGCCUUCGGUCGCACCAGGUCGGCCGCCAACACCGGGCCGUCGGCAACGGACUCCGACAGGGCGUAGUACUGCACACCUGCACGAUAGGAGCAGAACAAGUGUAUGCAUGCCAUUGGGCGGAUGCAUGCCUUUCUACCUCCUGUCGGCUGGAGGCCCGUGUAGUUCCAGAACAGGACGCCAUUGUCGACGCCACGGAAACAGGUCUCAACCUCUGAAACCGAACACACACAUACGCACGCAUCAACACAUGAAUGCGAACGAGCAUGCGAAGAGGUGAGCCUCCAUGCGUCGUACAUGUGACUUCUUACGUGGGAAGAUGCCGUAGCACCCCUUGCUGGCGCCUCGGUCCUCGUUGAUGAAGUCCUGCGGCACCGGGGGGCCGGUCUUUGUGAUGUGGAACAUGCUGGUCACUUGCAUGUCCACGACAUGCUCACAGAC